AUGGAGGCAAAUUCUGAAAAUUCUCAAAGAUUGAAUGUGAUGUACAAUACUGCAUCAAUUCCUCAGGACUAUGAUCUUCAUUCCAUCAAAAGUGACCUUUCUAAAGCUAUUAGCUUCAAAUCUUCACAUUCGAAUAAUAAUUCUUCAA